AUGGGACCCCCCGACCUCAAACCGCCCACCCCUCAGCAUGGAUCUAUUCCCGGUAUCGAUAUGACAUCCAUCAAUGGUUUAUUACCGGACCCCUCAUUUGGAACCGAGAACAGAAGCCCAAACAAUGUCUCCAGUAGUGUGGGGUCCACCCCUGUUGAAGAAACCAAUCCUUUGCAUAUCACAAGCAUAUCACAUGACGAUGGCAUCACAUCGUUGAAUUCGGACUUGAUGAGCUCGCAUCACAACAGAAGCUCCCAUAUAAGUCCGGUUUCAUCGGUGUCAUCAGCGAACUUCAACGACUCCUUACUGAAACCUGAAUACUCAGAUCUUACGCGACUCUCUACAUCACGACUUCGACAAGAUAGCAACAAAUGGUAUUUUGUGCCUCCCGAUUUCCUUUCCAACAAGACUCAUUUUCCAUACUUAUCAGAUAUCCAAAUUCCUCGAGAAAUCUCCAACUAUACCUUUUAUACAGAAUGUUCGCUCAAACUUCAAUUCUACAUGAUGAACACCAUGCCCUUCCGCAUAUGCGAGGAUGCUACCAACAGAGAGUUGUUAAUAAGUGUGUUCAAGACAGCCCCGUUGUAUGAUUUCUGUUGGCAUUCGUUCAUGGCGAUCGCAUGCAUCGAUCUCUACCAUCAGCAGGAGAUGUACAAUCACGACGAUGUUUUGAAUCUUGACAAAAACACCUAUUUGAAGAUGGGCGAUUUCCAUUUCUCGAAAUCGGUUUAUUCAAUGAGUAAAGAAGUCAAGGUUCAAGAAGAUUGUAACAAGGCUAUCGCACUUAUUGAAACCGCCAUGCUUCAUAUUUUCUACGCAACUGCUACACCUUCUCAGUCGAUCGCCACAAGAAGCUACCUCGGUUUGGGUCGCAACUUGGGACUUUUGUUCACAGAGUAUGUGUUGCAAUAUCGGAGUCACAAGAUGUUCAACGAUGCUUGCGCUCGUUACUGUAUCAACUCAUGGUCCCAAGAUGCUUCAUACUAUUUCCCUGAAUUCCUAUACGACUUGGCAGAUGUCUCGUACCCGUCAACCGGUGAGCCAAAUAAGAUGCGUGUUCUCUCGCUGGACGAAGAGGACAAAUUACUCAUCUGCAAAAUGGUUGAUCGGCUGAAAAAGGAGUACCGCUCCUUUGCCAAUGUUUCACUUUGUGAGGCACCAGCAGUGAGUACUCGCCAUGUUCCUAUCGAGUCGAUACUCAACUACGAGCCCACGCAGGUCGGAAGCACAUGUUUCGAAGGCAAGCCAGCUAGAAGUCUGCCACCUUCACAGAAAUUGGAGUAUGACAUGUUUGGUACACUUUCACGGUACAUCGUGGAAGUUCCAGAACGGAUAAUAGAUAUGGUCGAUGCAGGAGACCCUCGUGCUUUGAUCCUUACUGCAUACAAUUUACUGGGUCUGGCUACCAGACAGUACAAGUAUUGGCCAAGCUCUGUUUAUACUCAAGAGAUCAAGACCAUCGAGCGUCUCCUGGAUAGAUCUGAAAACUCCCAGUUGUGGAAGAGUUGGCUGGAUGUUCCAAAGCAAGUUUUUAACGAGUUACACAAAUCUGUCUAA